AAAAGACAACCUGUCCACAGAAGCAAUCAGUCAAUCAGAUUCCAAACUCUCCACCAUGGCCAAGACCAGAGAGCUGUCCAACGAUGUCAGGGACAAGUUUGUAGACCUACACAAGGUUGGAAUGGGCUACAAGACCAUCGCCAGGCAGCUUGGUGAGAAGAUGACAACAGUUGGUGCAAUUAUUCGCAAAUGAAAGAAUCACAAAAUAACUGUCAACCUCCCUCGGACUGGGGCUCCAUGCAAGAUCUCACCUCGUGGAGUUUGAUCAUGAGAACGGUGAGGAAUCAGCCCAGAACUACACGGGAGGAUCUUGUCAAUGAACUCAAGGCAGCUGGAACCAUAGUCACCAAGAAAACAAUUGGUAACACACUACACCGUGAAGGACUGAAAUCCUGCAGCGCCCGCAAGGUCCCCCUGCUCAACAAAGCACAUGUACAGCCCGUCUGAAGUUUGCCAAUGAACAUCUAAAUGAUUCAGAGGAGAACUGGGUGAAAGUGUUGUGGUCAGAUGAGACCAAAAUCAAGCUCUUUGGCAUCAAUCAACUCACCGUGUUUGGAGGAGGAGGAAUGCUGCCUAUGACCCCAAGAACACCAUCACCACCGUCAAACAUGGAGGUUGAAACAUUAUGCUUUGGGGGUGUUUUUCUGCUAAGGGGACAGGACAACUGCACCGCAUCAAAGGGACGAUGGACGGGGCCAUGUGCCGUCAGGGCCAGGGCAUUGAAAAUGGGUUGUGGAUGGGUAUUCCAACAUGACAAUGACCCAAAACACACGGCCAAGGCAACAAAGGAGUGGCUCAAGAAGCAGCACAUUAAGGUCCUGGAGUGGCCAAGCCAGUCUCCAAACCUUAAUCCCAUAGAAAAUCUGUGGAGGGAGCUGAAGGUUCGAGUUGCCAAACGUCAGCCUCGAAACCUUAAUGACUUGAAGAGGAUCUGCAAAGAGGAGUGGGACAAAAUCCCACCUGAGAUGUGUGCAAACCUGGUGACCAACUACAAGAAACGUCUGACCUCUGUGAUUGCCAACAAGGGUUUUGCCACCAAGUACUAAGUCAUGUUUUGCGAAGGGGUCAAAUACUUAUUUCACUCAUUAAAAUGCAAAUAAAUUUAUAACUUCAGAAAAUUUUCUGGAUUUUUUUGUUGUUAUUCUGUCUCUCACUGUUCAAAUAAACCUGCCAUUAAAAUUAUAGACUGAUCAUUUCUUUGUCAGUGGGCAAAUGUACAAAAUCAGCAGGAAAUCAAAUAAUUUUUUCUGCCACUGUACAUCCGAGUGAAAUGGAUUUUCGAAAGCGAAAAGGAAAUAAUGUAUUGUGGGGACUUGGUUGUAUCCAUUGGUUGUUGUAGAGCCAGAUCAGUUUAAUGAGUGUGUAGUCGAUUGUAAGAAGGAGGCGGGGAUUAAGCGGACUAAAUGAUUGGAGAAGUCCAGCAUUCGUCACAGGAGAGAAGUCUGUCUGUUUCACUGGAAGGUUGAGUUGUAAUUAGGGUUGUGCAGGUUAGUGUGACAACUGCUCCACAGUGUUUUUUUAGAGCACCACUACAGUGGGGUGGCAAAACACUUAUUCGCGCAUAUUAAUAUGUACAAUUUGCACUUUUUUUUAAGUAUAUGGCAAGUACAAAGCUUUAUUUACAAAAUAAAUAAUUGAUUAGUAGCCAAAUUUUACCUUGUGACCAUGGAAACAAACAAAAUUCUGCUCUGUUUUGUUGGCUGGUCUCUCAAAUUGUUACAGAAAGCAUUGUUAGCCUAACUUUUUUUUCAUUUGCUAAAUGUCAGUUUACACAACAAAGUGAUUUGUUGACAAAUUAGACAUUACUGGUCACAUUAGGGGUGUCAAAAUAAAUCGAUCUCUGGAAUCGAUUCUGAGCUUAGUUUCUAACAGCAGAUGGCGCUCUAGGCUAGUUUUUAACCGCACACUCAAAUGCUCACAAAUAAGAGCGUUUGUGCGUUCAACUGAGUAAUUAAAUGUACUUGCACCUCGGCUUUUAUGAUGCAAGAUUCAUGUAAAAAAAAAAAAAAAACUGUAAACAUUCUUGUAAUUCACUUCAACCUUUUUAACUCUAUUAAUGAUUAUUUUAAGUUCAAGUGGUAUGUGGGUAAGGAACUGGACGCCAGAAGAGCACAGCUGUUUCUAAAGCACACAGUGCCAUCAGCUGUUAAAAACUAAAAAUCAGAAUCGAUUCAAGAGAGAAUCGCGAAGCUUUUGGAAAAUCACAGAAUCGAUCCACGAAUCAAUUUAUCGUGACAUUGUGCGCAAGAACUAUUUUAAACAAAAUAUUUUAUCUUAUGGGUUUCAGUCUUUGGGCCAGAUUUACUAAACAGCUUGCACUAGCGCAAACUGUCUUUUGGUGUUAAAAUAGUACUGUCAGGAUUAACUAAAGACACGCAGUGAAGAAUUAGCCCUGAAAAGGGAUGGACACAGUUACUUUUGCAACUUACCUUAUUGAAUAUGCAUUUGUAGGAGUUUCCCUUUCGAUUGGUAAAUUUUAGGGCUGGGAUGAUAAAUCGAUGCAGAAUCAAUUCCUGGAUUGAUUCGGAGAUUUUCCGAAUGCAUCGCGAUUCCUCUGGAAUCAAUUCUGAGCUUAGUUUUGAACAGCAGAUGGCGCUGCAUGCUGCAUCAAUUUAUUGUCCCAGCCCUAGUAAAUUUAUGGGAGGAGAACAUUUAAAUGAAUCACGCAAUGCAGUUUACUAACCUUUGCGCUUGUCAAAUUACUGGUAUUUACGCCAUUAUUUAACACCCCCAAAAAAAGCAUGUCUUAAAGUCGGCAUGAAAUCAAAAUGGACUAUAUUUACUUUACUAUCGCACAUUGCUUGGUGUUAACAAUUAAUCCGUGCAAGUUAAUCCGCUGAGAAAAAUUGUUUGUUUUGGUAAUCUUUAAUCAAAAUCUGAACAUUUGCUUCCGCUCUGGAAUGGCGUUCCUUUUUUGAUGACGUCAAUUUGACUGCUUGGGCAGAAUAUCCUUAAAUACACCCCUCAGACCGUUAGGUUUCUAUGAGUGAGAGACAGAGAGGAGGAGUGCUAAAAUAAAAACCUGCCCUCUAUUCAAUAUUCCGUUUCUGCUGGAAAUACGUCACUACACUGAAAUGAAGUCGGCAGCAACUUCCGGUUCACCCGGACUUUAAAGCAGGUGCUAAUUUGUGCUGCUCUUGGUAGAUUGCAUUGGUCAUUAUGGAGAUGAGAUGUUGCGUCUGUGUUCUUAAAUGUGCACCUUGUCAGUAAAUUACCCGCAGAAUUUUCCCCUCCCAUCGGCACUUUUUUGGAAUUGCGCUCUCACACUAAUUUGCCCUGUUGUCUCUCGACUAGUGGUCAACCAAUAUGUGUUUUUCAGGGCCGAUACAGAUUAUUACAGAUCAAGUAGACCAAUAACCGAAAUUUUGAACCAAUACAUAUGUCUGGUGUAAAAAUGAAAAACUAUUUCAAAAUUAAGAAUAACAAAGGCCAUGACAAAAACUUUCUUUAAAUGCAUUUAAAUUGAAAAUGGCCGAUAUGGAUAACCAUAAAAAUGCUUAAUAUCGGUACCGAUAAUCGAUCAACCCCUACGCUCAACACAUACAAAAUUAUAACAGUUUGUGCUUGUUAGACAAGGUAAGUCAUGUCAAGUUAAUAUGUACGGUAUGUAAAUCAAACAUAUUUUUUUGGGGAAACGCAAUUAAACUUAACUUAGAUACUAAAUUUAUAUUGCUUUCCAUGUAGAGGGAUAAGGGCUGUAUUGUUUCUAUUUUAAUGCACUUUUAAAGUUUAUCAUUAUAGAAAAUCUCGUUAAAUCACUGUUUGUACAUUGUGAAUACAUUGAAUGUAUAUAGGAUGCUGGAGGGGCGUGAAAUAUGAUCUGGAUAUUUUUUGACAGUCAGUCACUGACAAAAUCGUUCUAUAUUAUGUUUGUUUCUUGUUUUGAAUUCAAAAUACCUAUGUGAUUUUUCUUAACCAGUUUAAAAACAUUUACCUGAAAUAAGAACACUGUUUAAAGCACUUGAGUGACCUUACAUGUCGUUGGGUUAUUAAGUAUAAUGAGUAUAAGAUUGUGCAUGUAAACGCUCACAGAUUUUUAUGAGAUUCACUCUUAUCAAGACUGAAAAUGAGUUGGUUAUGUGUCCUAAAGGGAUUAUUCUCUCUCCCUUUACAAAAUGAGAAAAAUGAGGCAUGUAAAUAAAACAGUGCCAAUACAGAACAUACCAUAAUGAAAUGAUGUCCUACACUGGAUUAGAGCAGCGCUGUAAGAUGCAGCAGACCUAUGAUUAUGCACUGCAGAGGAGGACUUUGUAUGAAAGCCAUUUGUGUAUUGUGCAUUAAACAUGUUUGGCAGAGAAAUAGAGGGAGGGACAGACAGACAAGCAACUAAAGAAGGAGAGAAUCACCCAGGGUCCACUUGCUGUUCUGUGCUCCUAGAAUGGUGUGGUCAUGGCAUGAUGUAUAAAUAGAUUGAGUGUGUGAGCAAGGGGCGGAGAGGAGCGUGCACACGUAUGUGCAUUUAUAGAUUGUGUGUGUGUGUGUUGAGAGACUUGGGGAUUUGCACAUACAGGGUCGUCUGCCUUUACUCUGGUUGUAUGAGCCGUGGAUAUAAAUAGAUUUUGUGUGUGUUCCUGAUUAUGAAUGCUUGUCUGGGUUUGGCAGACAAACCUAUUGUGACUUCCUAGCAGAACUUGGAAAGCUAAAAAUAAGUGAUUAAUAUUAUUACAGUAAUCAGAGAUGAUGAUAUUGAAGAAUACAUUUGCUUGGUAUGCCUUUUUUUGUUUUUUUAAAAACACAUACACUGUGACCGGGUCCUGCAGUUAAACUUCAGGCCACGGAAAAAACCACAAAGAUGCAGCGUCUGUACGGGCCACCCACCCUAUCCCUGCCGCUUGUGGCAUCUACUACUUUGAGGUGAAGAUCGUAAGCAAAGGAAGGGAUGGGUACAUGGGAAUUGGACUGUCUGCCCAGGGGGUCAACAUGAACAGACUGCCUGGUUGGGACAAGCACUCCUAUGGUUACCAUGGUGACGACGGACACUCCUUUUGCUCCUCAGGGACUGGCCAACCGUAUGGCCCAACUUUCACAACGGGCGACGUCAUUGGCUGCUGCGUGAACCUCAUCAAUAAUACAUGCUUUUACACCAAGAACGGGCACAGUUUAGGUGUGGCUUUCACAGAUCUCCCACCUAACCUGUACCCCACAGUAGGGCUACAGACUCCAGGAGAGAUAGUAGAUGCUAAUUUUGGCCAACAGCCUUUUGUGUUUGACAUUGAGGACUACAUGAGCGAAUGGAGGGCCAAGAUCCACAGCAUGAUCGCCCGCUUCCCCAUCGGAGAAAGACUGGGAGACUGGCAGGCGGUUCUGCAGAAUAUGGUGUCCAGCUACCUAGUGCAUCAUGGGUAUUGUGCCACAGCAAUGGCCUUUGCCAGAGCCACAGAGACCAUGAUCCAAGAGGACCAAACCUCAAUAAAAAACAGACAGAGAAUACAGAAGCUUGUAUUGGCAGGACGUGUUGGAGAAGCCAUUGACGCAACACAGCAGUUGUACCCCGGACUCCUAGAACACAACCCCAAUUUACUCUUCAUGUUGAAGUGUCGGCAGUUUGUGGAGAUGGUGAAUGGUACAGAUAGUGAGGUACGGUGCUUUAGUGUCCGCUCUCCUAAAUCACAGGACAGCUAUCCCGGCUCCCCCAACCUGAGCCCGCGGCACGGAGCCACCAACGCUCACUUGCACAACACAGGAGCAGACAGUCCCACAUGCAGUAACGGGGUCACCCCUACUAACAAAAAUAAGAGCCACAACAAAUACACAGGCGUAAGCUCCGCCUCCUCCUCUCCAUCCUCCUCUCCUUCCUCCGUCAAUUACUCAGAGUCCAACUCUACCGACUCCACCAAGUCCCAGCCCCACAGUGCCACCAGCAACCAGGAGACUAGGUCUGUGUUGUUGUUUGGUGAUAGUGAGAUGGAAAUUGAGGCAGAACAUUACAGCAACGGCGUGACAGAAAGCUCAACCCGCAUUAUGAAUGGCACAUACAAACACCAGGAAAUCCUGCAGGCGGAUGACAACAGUGUUGGCAAUGGAGUAGCAGAUGACAGCUGCAGCUCAAGACAGCUGUGUGGAGGAAACCAGGCGGCCACGGAGAGGAUGAUCCAGUUCGGCAGAGAGCUUCAGGCCCUCAGCGAGCAGCUCUGCCGCCAAUAUGGCAAGAACGCCACUCACAAAAAGAUGCUGCAGGAUGCAUUCAGUCUGCUGGCGUACUCAGACCCCUGGACCUGCCCCGUGGGCCAGCAGUUGGACCCCAUGCAAAGAGAGGCGAUCUGCUCCGCUCUCAACAGUGCUAUUCUGGAGUCUCAGAAUCUGCCCAAACAGCCUCCACUCAUGCUGGCUCUGGGUCAGGCCACCGAGUGCGUGCAGCUGAUGGCCAGGGUUCGCUCUGGUUCCUGCUCCUUCGCCAGAGUCGACAACUUUUUGCACUAGCACCAGUCCAGACAAGAGCACCAAGGCAGUGUUCGGGACAGCUAAAAGGAGGACUUUCCAGUUGGUUGCCAUGAGGAGAACACGCGUUUGAAUUGGUGUGUCGCUUGCCGUUUGCCAGAAGCAGCCGAGCAGAAUGAAUAGAAACAUGAGAAGAGAGGCUUCUUUUUAAUUUAGUAUUAUCAAAUACAAAUUGUGUGACACUAUUUAAAGAUAAUUAAUUAUUCUGUUUAUCUAGUCAUUUUUAUUUUAGUUUAUAUUUUGUCCGUUUGUUGUGCUCAUCUUGAAACAAAUCAACUUCCCAAAUUAUUUUUUUUUUUCAUGGGUGAAUUCAGUGCAUAGUA